AUGCCAUACCUUAAAUCAGAUUUGGAACAUGGCACGAUCACCGGCAAUCAGGAGCAUUCUAGCAACAACCCGUUCGAGAAACUCGUGGAAGAUCUGAGUGCAGCUUUGGGACCGAGCUCUGGUCUGGAUUCCGAGGAUGUAGAUCCUCAUGACAUUGAACGCUUGAUGGAGAAGUAUGUUUCCAAUGAAAUUGAAUGGGGUGUAUACGCCAUGGGAGACCAGAGCAGGUCUUAUACACGAAAUCUUGUUGAUGAAGGGAAUGGGAAAAGCAAUUUGCUUAUCCUUGUCUGGUCGCCUGGCAGGGAAAGUGCAGUCCAUGACCACGCUAAUGCCCAUUGCGUCAUGAAGAUACUCAAGGGCUCUCUGAAAGAAACGCUCUACUCAUGGCCAGAGAAAGACGACCAAACUCCCAGCGGUCAGGAGUCGCCUUUGCAGAUCACCAAAGAGACUAUCUAUAACGAGAAUCAAGUAACUUAUAUGUCUGAUAAGCUCGGAUUACACCGAAUAUCAAACAUGGACCCUAACAACUACGCCAUUUCCCUCCAUCUGUAUACACCCCCAAAUGCUGCCACUUUCGGAUUCUCAAUUUUCGACGAACGAACCGGCAAAUCAAGCCAUAUCAAACAAUGCGAUUUUUACUCCCGCAGAGGCGAGAAAGUAUGA